AUGGGGGUGUCUUUGGUGAUUCUCUGCCAAGAGGGCACACUCUGGCAGGGGCUCCUGCUCACAGCCUCACUUUUAGGCUGCUGCCUAUCCACCACUGACUAUAUCACCAUUAAAUCUGCCCAACCCCAUGUGGCCAGUGGAGAAGACGUCGUUCUCCAUGUCCACAAUCUGCCAGAGGAUCUUCUAGCCUUCGCCUGGUUCAAAGGGGCAACAAGCAUGAAACAUGGAAUUGCAGUAUAUGCACUGAACAAAAAUUUAAGUGCGACAGGGCCUGCACAUAGUGGUAGAGAGACAGUGUACCACAAUGGAUCCUUGCUGCUCCAAAGUGUCACCGAGAAGGACACAGGAUUCUAUACCCUACGAACCUUAGAUAGACACGGAGAGAUUGUAUCAACAACAACCAUGCGCCUCUAUGUGUACCCUUUCCUUUGGACCUGCGGGCGCCUUGAUACUUCUGCCCAGCCCACUGUUGAAUCAGUGCCACCCAGCGUUGCUGAAGGGGGAAGUGUUCUUCUACUCGUUCACAAUCCACCAGAGAAUAUUGUAGCCUUUACCUGGUUCAAAGAGAUGUCUGUGUUCAAGAAACUUGAGAUUGCCCAAUACAUAAUAGACAGGAAAUCAACUGUGUUUGGGCCUGCAUACAGUGGCCGAGAGACGUUGCACAGUGAUGGAUCCCUGCUGCUUUAUGGUGUCACUCAGAAAGACUCCGGAUUGUACACCCUACGAAUCCUGAGAACAGACAUGAGAAGUGAAGAAGCACAGGUGCAGCUCCAGGUCCGCACUUCCCUUUCUCUAUGCUGCAACCCUCUCGCGUCUUCCCGAUUCAUGAUCCAAGCAGUGCCUCAGUAUGCUGCUGAAGAGGAAGGCAUUGUUCUUCAAGUUCAUAAUCUUCCACAAGAUCUGCUAGCCUUUACCUGGUACAAAUCAAAGAAUAGCAUCCAGGACCUUAAAAUUGUAGAAUACAACAGAGCCAUGAAUUCCAUCUUCUGGGGACCUGAACGCAGAAGAAGAGGGAUGGUGUUGAGUGACGGAUCCCUCAUGUUCCAGGUCACUGAGAAAGAUGCAGGAAUGUACACAUUAGAAGUUUUAAACAAAGAUUUCAAAAUUGAAAGGGCAUAUGUGGAAUUUUAUGUAAAGAAGUCUGUGAUACAGCCCUUUGUGCGAAUCAGUGACACCACAGUCGCAGGACAUAGAUCUGUGAUCUUUAGCUGCAUUUCACCCGACACUGAUGUCUCCAUCCGCUGGAUCUUCAAUAACCAGAGUCUGCCUCACCUAGAGAGGAUGACUCUGUCCCCAACAAAGUGUGGACUCAGAAUAGAUCCUGUCAGGAGAGAGGAUGCUGGAGAAUACAAGUGUGAGGUCUCCAACAGAGUCAGUUCAAAGACCAGUCUCCCAGUCACCCUGGAUGUGAUGAAUGAUUGA